AAACAUGGAACUGUCUCUGGAAGUUCUGCUGUCUACCAGCAUCAAGAGGAAAAAGCCAUGUACGAGGCUUUGCUGGUUGGGGCAGGAAAAGGAAGCAGUUUUCUUGGUGGAUGAGAAUCGUAUCAGUGAGAUCAGCCUGCGCUCAGGCAGUGUGAAGAAGCCAUUACUUAAGAAAAGCAGCAUUGUGACCCUUGCUACAUCUGCCAAUGGAGCCUGGCUAGCUGCUCUGAAAGUCUCUGGGGAGCUAUCACUAUGGAGUAAGGAUCUGGACUGUCUGCUCACGAUUCCAGCUAUUGCAGACAUCUCCCAGCUGAUUUCAGUUACACAAGAAACUUCUUUGAAGCUCUACCUGUACGUGUCAGGAGAUGGCAAUAGAGUCCUCUUGGCCACUCACACUGGCUGUGUGUACCUGUGGGAAAACACAGAGGAAAAGAAUCGGUCUAAUCCUCUGAAAGCCAGGACCCUUUCAGGCCGGUGGACUAAAAUCGAACCUCAUGACACGGUUGUGUUCCCAAGCACCGCAGAUAACGAAGCGACUGUUCACGCCAUGUUUUUAAAGAGCGAGGUGUUGGGUGAUUGCUGUUUGUGUACAUUUGUCUAUUACUCUGGAUCCCGGCUGAUGAUGACGUUCCUAUCACUGCGCUGGCUUGAGGGUGAUCAGAAGUACAACAGUGUGUGCCCGUUCAAUGUUCAUUGGGCACAACAGAACUGCCCACUGGAUACCAUCUACCCCAUCUGUGAGCCAGUUAAGUCUAGAGGAGCUCUGGUGGCUGCAUUCUCCAAAGACGGCUUAGUGCAAGCCUUGGCAAUAAAUCAGAAAGACCCCAAGGCAACCUGCGUCGUCUUUAUAAACACCAUGAACGUUGUUACUGUGUGCGGCACUUUGAAGGGCUGUAGCAGUAAAAACCAGCAGAUCCCAGCCAGAUAUCUAAGGUCUUACUGGGUAGCGAACAUGUCAUGGACAUCUGACAGCCUUUUUUUGGCCUGUGUCUUGAAGAGGGGGUCCCUGUUGUUAUUAACACGACUGGGUGAGCUCUUGACUCUGACAACAUCUGGAUGUAGUGUUGAAUUUGGACCAGCCGAGUUUAUUCCUCUUCAUCCUUUAAUCACAUACAGACCACCUGUACCCAUCCUGGAAAGCCACAAUGCCAAUGAUUCUCUGGGUUCUGUGGCAUCUGAGACUGAUUUAAUGCGGCAAAGGUUUUCUGUCACUUGUCACCCUCGUCUACCCUACCUCAUUGUCUCAGAUGGUUAUAUGGUGACUGCCCUCCGCUUUGCACAAAAUCUGUCUCCUUAUCACUUCAUGAAGUCUUUACUGCUUGACUCAGCCCAGAGGCUGGAGAAUGUACGACAGAGCCUUCAGCUGGGAAAGUCAAAGAAAAAUAGGAUUAAACUGCGGUCCCUCUCUUCCUUAAAAGCCACUUUAUUGAAAGAUGCUGAUAAACCGCCAUCAGUACAUUCUACAGUGCCAAGCUUUCUACAAGAUGAGGAAGAAAUCUGUGGCCAUCUUGAGAGUUGUGAUCUGUUCAUUUGUUUUUCCUCCUGUCUUCAGGAUGAUGAUGAGGAGUCAGAUGAUCAGGAACAUUUAAAAUACAAAGCUCCAUCAAACAGUACAUUUGGCAGAGCUGAGCAAGGCCGGCUGGAAUUUGCUUCCAUGUUUGAUACCAUCCAUGCCAGUGACCACACCAUGGUGAAGAGCGACAUGCUUUGUGAACUGCUGCGAAUCAGGAAAACUUUAUUGACCGCAUGGGCCACCGGAGUGACCAUGAGAAAUAUAGCAGAAUUAGACAGCCUGUUACAGUACACUGUGGGGUGCUUGACUCAUUUCCUGUCACUUCUUCAGAGUCCCAAUUGCCCUUCAUUAAAGUCGGAUAAGCCCUCAAAGGCUUCAGGAAGAGGAGACACACUGUGGUCUUACUUUGGUGUUCUACAGCAGUGUCUUACUGCUCUGUACUGGGAUGUAUCGCCACGGCAAGCCUUUGGACACAUGAUAAAACUGUCUGCAGAGGUCAUCAAAUUGAUCCUCGUUCAGAGCAGUCAGCUAUACUCGAAGAGUCUGCUGGAGGGUUUUUGUCUUUUGAAGACGGUUUCCCUAAACCUGGCUACAAUUUACGGCUUAAGUUUCGAGUCUGUCCCUGCUGGUUUUUCUAUGGGUGAUGUAGCACAUCUUGACGUUGUAAAUUCUCCUGUAUUUGAAGCACUAAUGCAGCCAUUGAAAGGCUCAUCAGUAUGCUAUGUCUUCAAGGAACCUCCAAAUGCAACGCAAUGCAGGAAGUCAGAGAAAAGACUGGCUGUGCUAUGGAGACUGUUGUAUAAUCAGACCCUAUGGUAUCAGGCACGCUUGAGAAAGCAGAUGUCUUUGAAUCAGUCCAUGCAGUUGUCACCUGAAGUUCAAAGUGAGGAAAAGGCCAUUGUGUCACUGUUGUGUCACAUACAAGCUGAACUGCAAGCUGCAAACCAACAUCUGAGCCUGAGCUUGUCUCUUCUCCCUGUAACUGGUGAAGAAUAUUUCUUGUUUGGAUCAUAUAAGGAGUCGGUAGAGUUCUGGAAGAGAGAGUUACUGGAAGCCAGUCUUCAAGGUGGAGUUCGAGCUGGGUUACUCCAGACACGUUAUUACUUGGCAAUGCUUUAUUGUCACUUAUAUCACUACAAUUUAAAUGAUGCGCAAGGCCUCUGCGACCAGCUGGUGAAGGAGCUGCUGCUUCGAUCAGAACUGCUGGCAGAGACAGAGAACGUUGGCGAGGAGUCUGAUGAACGACUGUUGAAGAAGAUUCAUCCAGAAGCAGCACUGGCUGUCAUCCAGUCUAUGGGGAGAUUCAUGGUCGCAUAUUUCACUAACCAGCUGCUGUAUGUUUUCCCUCCACAUAAUGUCUGUGUUCUUGCACCUCUGCAUAUCACAAUAGGUGGGUCAAAUCGGUUUCCGAGAGUUGUUACUUUACAGCACAGCGUGGUUGCCAGUGCAGUCAGAGAUCAGAACCUCUCCAGUGUCUGGACAGUAGAAUAUGCUCUAGACCUGCUUUUGAUUGGUGGAUUGAUACCAGAGGCUGCAUGGCUGGCAAACAAGCUGGGAGACUGGAAGAUGUCUGUUUCUAUGGCUGUGGCCUACAACCAGCAUCUGAAGAGCAUUCCUGAUGAAAGUAAAGAAAAUUUGCCAUCCAUGCCCUUGUAUCUGUCCCUAGCGCACAUUUUUCAAGAGAAGUUACAGUCCUACCUGGGUCAACCUCCACAUUUAGACGGCUUGGAAAAGAAGAACAUUGAAACAAAACAAUUUACUGAUCCCAUUGAGGAAGAAGAUGCAGAUGUUCUGUUCAACUCGGUGCAGGAGAUGUUAAAGGCUGCUGUAAUGGCUGAUGCAGAAAUUCUAACUGAAACCCUUCGUCAGCUGAUGGAGUCAGCCAAAGAGCUCGCCAGGAAGCUGCCGGGUCUUGUUCCAGAGCGUCUCUAUCUGCCAGCACCACCGUUGUACUGCCCCCAGCCCUCGUCAGUUAGUGAAGAGGACCCAAGUGAUUUGCUUUUACAGAUGGAGAAACUGAAUCGACAGAAACUAUCUGGGGUUCUUCAGAGAAUCCUUUUACUGUUGCGGGCAGCACACUGUUCCCUUCCUGCUGCUCAGUGGUACAUCAAGCAAAUAAAAAGAGCAAGAAAAAUCAUGCAGAAGAUUCGUGCUAAGGGUGCCUUACCUCCUCUCAGUCCACUUCCAGAAGCUUUGCUAAAUUAUGCAAAUGGCAGGACUGUGUUUCUCAAGCCAGGAGCUAGUGGAGAUCUUGUAUCCUCCAGUGUAGUAGGCUGCUUUCGUGAGCUAUGCGCUCUAUGCUGGAUGCUGCAUGUACGGGAGAGAUUGUCAUUGAGCUGCAGAAAAUACCAAAAAGCCAGAGACAGCGGCAAACUUUUUAAGAGCUCAGAGGAGUAUGACUCUUGUGUGACUGAGCAUUGUUUUGAAGCUCUGGAAUGGGCCUGUAGAAUGCUGCCAUUCACUCGAGUUACAAACUGCGAGGAGUUGAUACAAGAUAUUAUCCUGAGCCUGAUCAGCGAGCUUCCUCCUGUGAAAAAGGUUGCAGAGUUCAUGGUGAAGGCAUUUCCCCAUCCCGACGAUGUCCGUGUUCCAUUAAGGGAGAAAUUCCAUUCUGUCCAACAACGCCUACGGCACUCUGUUAUUAAAGGACUGGAAGGGGAAGAGAUGAUGUCUGUUGUUACCCAUAAUGUGCAGAGGGUACGUGUGAAAGCUCUCAAACGUGUACAGAGGAACAUCGGCCCUAUGGAGAUGCAUGUUUGGGAACCGCCUCUGGAUGAGAACAUGGAGGAUGAGUCACACUGUUAUGACAAGUACUCGCUGGGUACCAGCCUCAGCAGGAGCACUCUUACUGACCUUGGCAGGAUUUACAGCGACACAGACACCUUGUCUGAUACUUUCUUUAACAAUGCUGUAGAAGACAGGUACUCGCGAUAUACUUCUAUCACCCCAUUCAGUAAGCCUGUGCUUAGUGGAAUGCCAAACAAAGUCAUUAGAGAAAAAACUAAAGAGGGAAAUGAGAUGCCCAUUGAGAAUGAACCCGCUCUGCCUAAGGUUGGCACUUGGGAAUUUGAGUGUGAUGAUGAAGAGUACACCAACUUCCUGGAUCUAUUUCUUAGCUAUCUUCUGGAGAGGGACUUGCUUCAUAGCACUGAGCCAGGGGUUCCUUUUCUCACUUCCUUCGCUCCGCAUCUUCGAGAACGUGAGCUCAACUCUCUUGCAUUUGAUGUUCAUACAACCCUAAAACGCAAACUGGGACGGCCUGAGAUAAAAAGCGUUUUUAGAGCUGGUUCCUGCUACAUAGUUCAUGUGGAACCCCCGAAUGAAUCUGCUGUGGAAGGCACAUUCACUCAGACUCAAAACACUACAGAGCCAACUCCCGUUUUGUGUUCAACGGUGGUGCUGGGGAAGCCAGUGUCCUCGGCUGAGAAAUACUUUCAUAAGGUUAGACCACAAUCCGUCAAAAAUGGCUUGUUUGGCUUACAAGAUCAAAAAGCGCAAAAAUGCCAUGAAGAUGACUGUAAUUUGACUUUUUCUGGAUACACAUUUGAUCAGUACAGCUACAGCCUCAUUCAGGACAAACACUGCACACCAAGUGAAGAGCUCGGAGCUGAGCUUCAGGCCAAAUACAGCAAUGAAGUCAAGCUGGUGGAAUGGAUGAUCCGUUGGUCUGACCGCAGGUUGUUCUGGUGUACAGGCAAAGCAGAAUUGUGCCAUGUUAGGUUCAAUACCACGAUACGUGUCAAGACCUCAUCUGCUGCUAUUCUCACAUCUGUAUGGCUGCUGGAAAAACCAUACUUGGUUCCCCCAAGACAGUACAUUGUAGCUCCCAUUGUCCCCCAUGCAGUGAAACCUAGCUUACAGAGGGAACUCUCGGUGGAGGGUGAAGAUUCUUUAUCAGAAAGAGGGUCCCUUAGUGUUGUACAUGAGGAGGAUCCAGAACUGUUAGAAGAACACAGCUCCAGAGCAUCGUCAAUAGAAAGUAUGGUGAGCCCUGACAUGAGCCCGGAAAGGCAAUCUGUAACUUCACAGGAUAAGUCUGUGGAUGACACAUCUGUCCUGUCGGAAUAUCCCAUGGAGCAAAUCCCUGUCCCUUCAGAAACAGAAGGUGAACAAGAUGACCAGCCUGACACCCAGAGAAGCCCAAAAAUCUCAGUUAGUAUAUGUCCUGUGCCAGCACAAGCAGAGAAUGUAUACUCUGAAGUGGAAGAAAAUGCAGAGGAUCCUGAACAAUCAUCUGUAGAUGAAAUACCGCAACAGUUACACAGUGACCCCACCAUAUCUAGUGGCUCUCCACUCCCACAGCCUUCACCCAGUGUCACAAAUGUUCCUCUACCUCCUGCUCCCUCUACCAACGUGCCAGAAUUUUCUAAUGGAGGACAAAGCACUCAGCCUGCCAACACCUCAGAAGCCGUCAGGCAGCUGUUCCAAGAUGAAAUGUUUCGACUACUUCAGCUUCAGCAAGUCAACUUCAUGAGCUUGAUGCAAGUUGUGGGGUCUUCCUUUGCUGCCCUGCCAGCCAUCCAGCAAGUCUUGCAGCACACAGCACAGAUGACAGGGAACCUAGUAGCCAACCCUACAGUGGGACAGGCUCCACUUCAGUUCAUUCCACCAGCUCCACUUCAGUUCAUUCCACCAGCUCCACAGAAUGAUGCCCGUCCACAGACACAGAGGGUUGACAUACAGCAAGCAUUGGAGAUUGAAGCGGGUGAAGCUGCUGAGACAAAGCCUAUAAAUCGCUCAGGCAAUAAAGAGAAUCUGCAGAAUCUGCAGAUCAGUCCCGCUCCUAGGCUCAUCCCCCUGCAGAACUUGAUUGCGUUUGAACGAGAUGCCGCACAAAAAGGAGAGCCAGGAAGUAUACAGCUGCUGAAAGCAAACAUCCAGCCUUUUGAAGAAGUGGGGAAUUCUGAGGAUAGUAUUAAAAGACAAAGGAGACGCAGUCAGAAAGAUAAAGGUGAGCAGAAGGAGAAGAAAACAUCUGUUACCUUUCGUCCAGAUAUCUCCAUCAUCACUCCAAAUAACUUUGAUGAGGUUGUGCAAAACGAGAAAGUACUUCAUGAUGAACCGAAUUUAAAGGAGGAUAAUGAAUUUGUAGUUCCGUUAGGCACCUUUGAAUCAGAGUUGACAGAUCAGAUCCCGGGCCCUUUGUUUCCCACUAUGGCAGAGUUACACUAUUUGGCUUCCCUAACGAAAAGACCACCUGAGGUUCACAAUGCGAGCACCAGCACAGACUAUGCCGGCAAAUCUUUAAUGGACAUGGGGACAAGCUAUGAAGCAUUUUCUAGCAGUCCGGUGGUGGCAUCUCCUCCUGCUGCAGCUCCCAGUGAAUCACAUAAGCCUCUUCAGGAUAAAAGGACAGAAGAACUUCAGAGCUAUCGUAUGGCCACCUCUGCUCCUGCUGCAGAUGAUAUUUCAGCUGAUGACCCCCUGCACUUGCCUCCAGUGCUCUUCCUAAACCUUCCAUACGAUGAGCAGCAAGGAAAGAUGUUUCAGAAGAAAGACACUUCACCAACAUAUGUUGAAGAAAAUCAGCGACCUGUAACAGACUUAGAUGAAGAAGAAUUUUUAAGACACUUCCCAGGUAUAGAGGACAAGCUUCCUUCUUCAGCUGAUCUACACCUCAUGGCAGCCUCUAAAAAGAAUGCUUUGUCCAGAGAAAUGUUUCCUAACACAGACAUACUCCAGAGUCAGCCAUGGUUUGAAGAUGACCAGCCCAGCACUGUAAAUGGUGUUAUGCAGCCAGAGCGACCUGUAAAUUUGAUGCCUGAUGAAGAACCUGUCUCAAAAUUCUGGACACCUAGGGCCAUAGAAAAUAAUAAUGCAUUCUACAGAAUGAAUGACAUGGAUGCCCAGCUAAGAGCCUUGCAGAAUAUGGCAGAGAGCAUGGAGAGAGACUUUGCCAAUACCGAAUUGCUGGUGAAUACGAUAGAAAAUCUGGCAACUGCAUUGGACCCGGACCCUAACACAGUCCGAACUCCUAGAGAGCCUGCAGUUCCAGGACAUGAGCCGACCCUCAAUGAGAUGGUAUUGGAGGAUCUAGCUGAGGAGGAAGAGUUUACUUUGCCCAGUUCCAGAAAUAUAAGGUUUCAUGGACAACCUCUUGAGGCCUUUAUCACUGGAAAACCUUCCGCUCGUCCACUUACAGUUCAUCUUGUUUCAGAUCCCCGGCAAGACAAACUCGUCAUGGAGAAAAGCACUGUAAGCGAGCAGCUCCAGAUGACCGGGCUCAGCGACAUUGCUGACAUUCUGACUGAUCUGAUGGAGGGAGGGGUGUCCGCUUCUGAACUUGGACUGACCGAGACCCAGGCACAUGCCAUCUCCAGGCAAAGGCUUCAAAAUACUUCAAAGAGGAGCCAGAAGGAAAAGGCAGAGCUGCGGAUGUGGAUGAAGAAGAAGCAGAGGGAGCGCCUGUCUGAAUACAGGAAGAAGCUGGAAGAAUUGAAAGAGAGAGAACACAAGCCAUUCCAGUUGCAGCACAACGCUUUGAGGAAAGAUAUAUUAGAGGGGAAGGACGUCAAUCUGGCGUCUCUGCUGAUAGCAGCUCAUGAUGUGACGGAGCACAAGGCAUUUGCCUGUGAAGAGGUCUCUGUCGUCCUCAAAGCUAGGGACCCCAGGCUUAGUCGGAAACUAUCCAUUUCGGAAUUUGUCAUAGCGUUUGGUAUUUAUAGAGAUGUGGUGUGCUCAGCGAGUCCUAACCGUAGGGAAGAGCUGGACGCAUAUUUGCACAUUGUCAUGGAUUUAGCUUAUAAAUAUGGUGGCUUGACGUACUAUGAUUAUCACCGGGCGUUCUCAGCCAAAGCUGCAGCAGGGCUCUCACAAUUUCAUUUUACGGCCAACUGGGGGAGGAUGUACACGGAAUUAUUCUGCAGGCACUUUGCCGGGCUCAAGGCCCCCGUGUGCAUGUCGUGCCAAUCCUCGGUGCACACCACCAAUUG